UGGUUGGCAAUACUGAGACGUUUUAGUCCCGCUGUGGAUUUUCCACACAAUACACGUCCACCCUUUCAACUCCAAUUAAUAAUAUAUUAUCUAAACACUCGCGUCACUUUGUAUAUGUUAAACAAUCGGUAGUUCUUCGUCGUUUUCAGCGUCUUUAAACAACUUUGCCUGUUUUCUGUCGCUUCACCAUUCCUGCUGGAUUUUUCCAAAGGGCGUGUUUGGCUGAAUCUGGACCGGGAGUUGCAGCUCCUGUACUCGGGAUACUCGUGAGGAAUGACAGCAUCUGGAAAGUCACUGCAAUCCGCCUGAAUGGACACAAUGGAUUAUAAAGAGCUUGGGCAGCAUUUCGAAGAGAAACUGACACUGACGGAUAAAUCUCUGCCCUUGCAAGGUGACUGUCCACCCAUCCGAAAUGGAGAUAAGUGUCUACCAAGCGUGUUUCUGACGCCGGACGACUCAGCCAUCACCGACCUUUCCCCUAAAACUGAUUCCGGCACUAAAGCGGAAACCCCGACCGAUACCGACGCGUCAUGUAAGAUGGAAAAGCCCGUCGCGGGCACAGUCGCCCCUCAAGCCCCCAAGAAAGAUGUUAUGAACUCAGAACAGCGACAAAAACUCGCAAAGCAACGACGAGAAGAAAGAGCAAAAUACAUCGAACAGCAAACGCAGCUGCAAGCGGCAAAGAAAGCCCAAUGGCUGGAGAAGGAAGAGAAGGCCCGACGUUUGAGAGAAAGCCAACUGGAGGACCGCAGGAGGAAGCUGGAGGAACAAAGACUGAAGGCUGUAAAGCGUCGAGCUCUUCUGGAGGAGAAACAAAAGCUUAAAUUUGAGAAAAACAAGGAGCGAUACGAGUCGGCCAUCAAGAGGUCCACCAAGAAGACAUGGGCUGAGAUCCGGCAGCAGAGAUGGUCCUGGGCGGGCGGACUCAACCAGACCUCCCGCAGGGAAAGCAGGUGCUCAGCUUCUACAGUCAACUUGCCGAGACAGGUGGAGCCUGUUAUUAACAACAGACUGUCCAAGUCUUCUGCCACGCUUUGGAACUCUCCCAACAGAACCCGCAGCAUGCGUCUGAGCCCGUGGGAGAGUAAGAUCGUGGAGCGGCUCAUGACGCCUACGCUUUCCUUCCUGGCUCGCAGUCGCAGCGCCGCCACCCUGUUCAACAGCAGUGAUUCGUACUCUCACCACUGCUCCCGUUCAGCUUCGGCCAGCCCGCUCAACUGCUCCUCACGGCAGCACCAGAGCUCCGAACGCUGGAGGGUGUCGUCCGCCAGUACGCCCGACAUCACCCAGCGCCACCGCCAACGGAACUCCACACCGGUUGACAGAAAGAAAAAAGAGAAGAAGGAUAAGGAGAGAGAGAAUGAGAAGGAGAAAAGUGCGCUCUCCAAAGAGCGUAUACAGAAGAGACAGACGCCGUCGCCCCUUUCUAGUUCCAGGAGAUCCCAAACAGACAGCAGUUCUAGCACCCCCAGACCGAGAACCAGACCCCCGUCUCCUGCCCCUCCCAAAAGUCGGCCUUUAUCGCCUUUAGUACAAGCGGCGGGAACCAAUUCGCCCACGGGUAAGAAGACGCCCCCUCCCGGGUCCAAAACGCGACCCAAACGGGCCCAGACGCCCGCGAGAGUGCAGGCCCAGUCGGUCACGGCGGUCUCCGUGGAAACCGGACAAGAAUCCGAGGAGGCUGAGACACCGGAGGAGAGAAAGAGCUCCAGUAAUACGUCGACCGCCACUCCAGUCUCAUCUCCAGUCCCAAGCACACCAAGUGUGGACUCCUCCUCAAGUGUCACGCCUAGAGAAGAGCUCCCCACUUUAGUCGCCUCUCCCGCGGUUCAGCCUGCAAGCACUGGCAGGCCGUCAGCCGGCACCAACGACCCAGAGGAGGCCGCUCGCGUCCUGGCCGAAAAACGCAGACAAGCCCGCGAGCAGAGGGAGAGGGAGGAGCAGGAACGCCAAGAGCAAGAGCACAAGAACAGAAUCCUUCGGGAGGAGGCGAUGGCUCGAGACGCAGAAGAGAGGAAACGCAGAGAGGAGGAGGCCCGUUUCAUGGCCGAGCAGCAGCGGCUGAUGGAUGAAGCCCAACGAGCCCAAGAGGAGAAGGAGGCCCAGGAGCGAGCCAAAGCCGAGCAGGAGGAAAACGACAGGCUUCAGAAACAGAGAGAAGAAGCUGAAGCGAAAGCGCGGGAAGAAGCCGAGCAGCAGCGCAUGGAACGGGAGAAACACUUCCAAAAAGAAGAGCAAGAACGCCUGGAGAGGAAGAAGCGUCUUGAGGAAAUCAUGAAGAGGACUCGCAAGAGCGACGCCGGCGAUAAAAAGGACGCGAAGGCGUCGCCACAGGUUAAUGGCAAGGACGCGGACCUUAGCAAAGGCGACAAAUUGACGACCCCAACCCCGCCGACCACGGCUAGCCCCGUCGUGAACGGAGUGCAAAACGGCGUCUCUGCUAACGGCGAUUUCGAUCCCAUCAUGCAGCUGAACAGCAGCACUAGCCCCGCCCCCCCUCCAAGCGGGAUGGUUACGGUCGGAGAACCCUUUCUGAUGAAAACGGGUCCGAUGAAACCUCAACACGUGGCAGAGGUCCUGUGAGUCCCCCGCACAUCCAUGGACACGCCUUACAUCUACGCUUCAGCAUAGAGAAUCAUGCUACACCACAGCAGCUUAUGAAAAAAAAUGUGUGCCAAACAAACAACAUGCCUCUGCUGACUCCAUGACAACACACAGGAGGAAAAAAAAAAUCAGUAUUCUGUCUUCAGCGUGUUCUGUUGAAAGUUUUCUUCAAAAAAACGUCACAUGCAGAUUUUUGGUGCACCUUAAAGAUGACUGAAUUUUUAGAAAAUACAGUAUAAGCCCCAACGGAGGAAAAAAAAAUGGUUGUUAUUAUUACCGUCGUUCUGAUAUUGUUAAGUUGAACAAUGUGUGUUUGUUGUUUUUGUCUUGAAAUAUGUUGAGUUAUUUAACAUGAGGGGUAUUGGACCGACUGGCAUCAGACAGUAUGUAAAUGUAUAUGAACCUGGCUGCCAAAAGGCCUUCUGUCAAAGGGGAUCUGUGAAAUAAAGCUUUAUGAAAGGGAGCUUUUUAUUUUUCGUCGUUCUUCGGCGUGGUCAAGUGAGACCGUAAACAGCCCUUGACGGUGAGCGACAGACAAGGAGGCAAAUGCGGUCUGACGGCGGAGCCAAAGGAGGGAUUGUCACCAUUAAGAAUAACCACGGUGCGUUCAAGUGUCAAAAACGAAGCGUUAAUAACAACUGUUGGCUUCUCCUUGGUGGAGGUCAGUGGUGCAUGUCCCACUCACUUGUCAGGUUUUUUUGCUUCUGUUAACGUAGCCGAGUGUAGAACUUAGUGUUGCACCGAUACUAGUA